AUGAGCGGAGACUCUCAUAGACUUUUUGCGCUCGAUAGGCAAGUUAAAAAUAUUCAGUUUAGAAUACAACAACAAAUAAGUUUAGCUGAUGAUGAUAUACAAAGGUUGGCUGAACAAUUAGCAGAAUAUAAAGCAGAAAUCGUCAGAAGAGAGAAAGAGCUUAAUAAAAUAGAAAGAUCGAUUGAUGAAGUAAAUGAAAUACGUAGUGGACAGCAAAAGCGCCAAAAUGCAACAAAAGGAAUGCAAAUUUCUCAAUUAAAUUUUCAACAUCACAAUUUUAUUCAGCAAUUAAGACAACAACAGGCAGAAGAAAUCGAUAAAUUGCAAGAUAUGUUUAAUUCUAAAUUAGAACAGUUUAAUAAUCAAGCGAAUUAUCAAAUGCAGAAAAAUUUCGAAGAUAUAAAUAAACAAAUUGACGAUUUAAGAUCCCAAAUAAACAUAAACUCAACAAACUUAUCAAGACGUAAUAAGCGCGUUAAUUCUUUCGAUAAAGAAGCUGAAGAUCAUUGUAUUCUCCUUAAUAACAACCUUAUUUUAGAAUUAAGAGCUAGAGUGCAAGCUAAAAAUGAAGAAAGAGCAGAAAAUUUACGUCAAUCUAAAGAAAAACUUACAGAAAUCGUUAUGGAAUUAGAAGAUAUGGAAAAAGAGCAUUCCAGAAGUGUUGCUGAUCGUAGAAAAGCUUUAGAACACAUGGACAAAGUUUAUAAUAAGGAAUUGAUCAAAUUAGAGCAACAACAUCAACAUAAAUUGUUAAUGCUCAACGGACAUCUCUCAGAAGCCGUUAAAAGAGCACAAAUAUUGAGGAGAGCAGCCCAUAAGUUAGAACAGAGCAAUGAACGUCAAUUACAUGAUACAAUGCGCGAAAUUGACUCGAUGAACAUUACAAAGACUAACAUCGAUUCAUCGCAGAACUUGGAAAUGGAAAAACAAAGGAAUGAACAAAUGACUUUAAAGAGAGAUGAUUUACAAGCCGAACUUCAAACAAAAGAAGAACAACUAGAGGCUGCAAGAAUGCAAAAUAACAUGCUUAAGAAAGAUCUUGCAACUGUAAAGCACCAGUUGAAGUUUGCUCAAAAGAAACAAAGCGGUUAUGUCUAA